GUCCGACAGGCAUGACGCUGACGAGAAACUGGGUCACCGAUUGAAAAUCGUUUAUGUCACAGUUCCGAGGGUUGCUAUUUCAUUUCACCCAGCGGUUUUCAAUGGAUAGACACAUCUCGCUGGAUUUACUGUAGACCUGUCACACCUGUUGCUUAACGACCAGAUCUCACCAGGACAGACCACAUCAAACCGGAUGAAACUAGGUCAGACCAAAUCAAAGCAGACUGACACCAGACCUGACCGGAUCAGACCAGACUGAUCCAGGCGAUACCAGGCCAACCCAGGAGGCCUGCUUCAGUUUCCUAUCCAGUUGAGGGCUCCAGAGUGGAUGGAAGGAGAUGAUUUUAACACAGAGGCUGUGAUGAACAUCUGUGAUGAUCUGAUGGCAGACCAAAGGAUGGACAUCUCGUCUACAAUGACCGACUUCAUGUCCCCCGGCUCCACCGACCUCAUCUCCAGCUCCAUCAGCGCACCCAGCAUGGAUUACAACCGCAAGAGGAAGGGCAGCAGCACCGACUACCAAAUCGAUGGCUUCUCAUUUGAUGACAUGGACCCAGACAAGGAUAAACUGGGAAGUGACCAACAGGGCCGGAUAAAGAAUGCCAGAGAGGCCCACAGCCAGAUUGAGAAGCGUCGCCGGGACAAGAUGAACAGCUUCAUCGACGAGCUGGCGUCACUGGUGCCCACCUGCAACGCCAUGUCCCGCAAGCUGGACAAGCUCACUGUCCUGCGCAUGGCCGUCCAGCACAUGAAGACGCUCAGAGGUGCAGCCAACCCUUACACAGAGGCCAACUACAAGCCUUCCUUCCUUUCAGAUGAUGAACUGAAGCACUUGAUACUAAGGGCCGCUGACGGUUUCCUGUUUGUGGUUGGGUGUGAUCGUGGCAAGAUCCUCUUUGUUUCUGAGUCGGUCUACAAGAUUCUCAACUACAGCCAGAACGACCUGAUAGGUCAGAGCCUGUUUGACUACCUUCACCCCAAGGACAUUGCCAAGGUCAAGGAGCAGCUGUCCUCUUCUGAUACGGCCCCACGCGAACGGCUCAUUGAUGCUAAAACUGGUCUUCCAGUGAAGACAGACAUCACCCCUGGUCCGUCCAGACUCUGCUCUGGAGCCAGGAGGUCGUUCUUCUGCAGGAUGAAGUGCAACAGGCCUUCUGUCAAAGUAGAGGAUAAAGACUUCCCUUCCACCUGCUCCAAGAAGAAAGCGGAUCGCAAGAGCUUCUGCACCAUACACAGUACGGGCUACCUGAAGAGCUGGCCCCCCACUAAGAUGGGUCUGGAUGAGGACAACGAGCCCGACAAUGAAGGCUGCAACCUGAGCUGCCUGGUGGCCAUUGGCCGGCUGCACCCCCACAUUGUCCCCCAGCCCAGCCUGGCGGACAUCAGGGUCAAGCCCACCGAGUACGUCUCCCGGCACGCCAUCGACGGCAAGUUUGUCUUCGUCGACCAGAGAGCCACAGCCAUCCUAGCCUACCUGCCCCAGGAACUGCUGGGAACCUCCUUCUAUGAGUAUUUCCACCAGGAUGACAUCGGCCACCUGGCAGAGUGCCACAGACAAGUGCUACAGAUGAGAGAGAAAAUCAACACCAACUGUUACAAGUUCAAGAUCAAAGACGGCUCCUUCAUCACGCUGAGGAGCCGAUGGUUCAGCUUCAUGAACCCGUGGACCAAGGAGGUGGAGUACAUCGUCUCCACCAACACCGUGGUGUCGUGUCCUAUGAUGGAAGGAUCAGACUACCCUCAAUCCGCUGCGUCCCCCCAGAGUAUGGACAGUGUUCUCACUUCAGAGGCAGGUGGAGGAAGACGGGCGCUGCAGACAGUACCUGGCAUCCCCGGUGGCACGAGAGCAGGAGCCGGCAAGAUUGGCCGCAUGAUUGCCGAGGAAGUGAUGGAGAUCCAGAGGAUCCGAGGCUCCUCUCCCUCCAGCUGUGGCUCCAGUCCUCUGAAUAUCACCAGCACCCCUCCACCUGACACCUGCUCCCCAGGGGGCAAGAAGAUCCAGAACGGAGGGACACCCGAGCUGCCGAGCACAGGUAUCAUCCCAGGACCUGACUCUAUAGGCUACCCCUACUCCAACCAGUCCAUCAUGAGUGACAACUCCCACCUGAGCAUAGACAUCAUGGAUGAGCCUGGCUCCAGCAGCCCCAGUAACGAUGAAGCGGCCAUGGCCGUCAUCAUGUCCUUGCUGGAGGCUGACGCCGGCCUGGGCGGACCCGUCGACUUCAGCGAUUUGCCCUGGCCUUUGUGAGAUCUGGAGGGGAGACGCAGAGAAAGAGACUCCCUCUUCUUAACACCAGAGCCGCUAAUGGAAAGAGUUCAGUCGGGUUGUAAUGUCGCUGCCACGUUCCUGCUCUCUCUACACAGAUCCAGUGCAACAAAAACCAAAUACCCAUCUUAACAAGCCAUUUAACCUAGUAUUCACUCUUCAGACGUUUUGUGUUUCCUUUAAUGCCAGAAUCUGUCAGUGAGAUGAGAUAAUUUUACAUCAUUUACUAAUGGAAAUCAUUGUGAUCUGUCUCAAGUUGAGUGAAAUGGCAUUUUAAAUUAGUGGAAUUAUCUCACCCUUCUGCCAGAUUUUUGCACUUUGGACAAAAUGCCACGCCAGGCCUGAAGUUCAUUCACACUCAUCAUAAUUGUCCAUACUAGACACCAGAAUUUCAUCUGAUCAAACAGAGCAAAUUGGCGGCGGGUCAGUGUGUGAUGCUCAUCUCUGGUGCUCUUCUUUGUGAUUGAGACUGAUUGGACAGUUGUAUUUUUACAUUUAAAUCUUGCUUAGUGCUGCCUUAAAUUUAAUAUUAGAGCAAAUGACUUGUUAAGAUGAUCAUGUUUUUUGCCUUUGGCUGCAAAAAUGUAACACAAGUCUCCGUAAUGUCGCCGUGGUGAGAUAAACAGCAUCCUGAAAAUAUGCCAGCAUGGAAUCAGUUGUGACUUAGCAGCAGCGGCCGUGCAACAGGAUGUGCAGCGUUCCCACGUCCGCCGUGCCAGUGGCUAAACUCUGUCCAGCAGUGGCUCUGGGCCUCGUCACGCCUGGUCAGCAGACAACUAACUAUAACCCACAUCCAGACUCCUUUUCAAAGCUCAGUUUUAAGGACAGUUGUUGAAACGCACGGCUCAGUUUGGGUCGGAGUGGUGUUGGUUAGGGGGGUGGUUGGUUUCCGCUUCCUGCCAUGGCUCCUUUUGAGAUCUGUGACUGUAUAUUAAAGAAUCCUCCCCUCAUCAAAAAGAAAAGAAAUUGGCCAUUUUACCGAGCAGUGAACUUGCUCCCAUUUGGAGAGUCAUUGGAAGAGACUUCAGAUACCUUGAUUAGAGACUGGACCCGUUCAGCCUCACAAGGAUAAAAUCUUUUAAGUAGAAGAAUGCCGUUUAGCUGCCACUACCAUUAUUUGAUAAAAAACAUUAACAUAGUUUGCUCCCCUUUAUAUAUUAUUCUGAACCUACCUUUACUAAAUAUAAUUUGAUUCAAGUGUCUCAAGACAAGGGGAGCAAGUAAAUACCCUGUAUUAAAUUCUGAAGAAUUUCUUUCUUUCUUUAUUUGCAUUCUAAUGUUGUCCAAAAAAUAAGAAUUAUGUAGCCCUUUGUUUUAGCAAAACAGCGAUCGCAGUGCCCGGCUUUGUUCUCUCCUGUGGUCCCGUGUGCUCUCAAACACACACUGCCCCAAAGCGUGCUGCACUAAAGAAACUAAAGGAAAUACUUGGGAAAAUCCGGUUCAUUUUUUGUGAUGGAAGCAGCAGCUCAGUGUGCAGGUGUGUUUUCAUCUCCCUCUCAGCUGCUGUGUCUGUGUUUGUUAGAGCAACACGAGCGCACCACAACUACCUAGAAGAUUCUCAGUCAUCCAGGUCACGGUUAUCCAAAACGGUUGAAUUGAUGGCAGCUGGACUUGGUUGUAGAUACCUGGAGACGUUUCGUCUCUCAUCCAAGAGGCUUCUUCACAUCUGACUGUUUGUCGGGGGUCCCAACCUUCUGUGUUGAUAAUGACUCUGCAGAGGUUAAAUACCUUAAAUACGUAUUUCAAUUCAACCCUGUUUGGAUAAGCUGCAAAGAAAAACCACAAAUACUCCUCCCCCAACCUCCUCAUGCCUGCAAUGGAGUGCAAGUAAUUUCGGUUAAACCUGGAGAUGUGGCCACCUUCAGUUUUAAACAACAGCACAUCCAUUGAUGAUUGGCCAAACAAAGACAAACCAGAAUUAUUCCAUUUGUUGAGGCACAUGGAAAGCCAGAUUUUCCCAUUGCGUCAUUGGCUCAGUCCUUAGAAGCACGAAUGCCAAGGUACAUGGAUUGAACAUCUGCACAGGAAGCAUGAAGCAUGUGUAGCAUCCAAGACAGAACAGAUUGACCUUUACUCCAGUUUGACUUAUCUGGGGGGGCGCUUGACUUACCUCUCUAGACAUUUCCCAGUCUCAAAAGAGAGCAAUUCAAUUGCAAACCGAGAUAAAUCAAGCGCUCCCAAUGUUUCCAUGUGGAAAUGGUCUCUUUGACCCAUUUACCACGGAUUGUUCCACUGCUUUUUAAUGCAGGAACAGAUGAUGACUGCCUAAUAACCAUUACCCCUCUAACAAACUGGGAGGUGGGUCACAGGGUCCCACCUCCUCAGUGUUCCCCUACACAACUGCUGACACCCAGUUUACAUUUGUUCAGACUGUUCUGGGCCCACAUCCACUAAUCUUUACCUAAAAACAGGAGGGCUGACCCUGGAUCAUUCCUGAAAAGAAAUUAAAAUAAACAUACAUACAGCUGAUGUUGAUUCAGUGCUCCUCAUCAGUUUAGGCUCAGAGCCACAGACGUUUGAUUGCCUUUGACAUAAAGGCUCAAAUUCAGAAACUCACCUGUAAAACGGCUGCCAUCACAUCUCGGCUCUGAAUUGUCAGCCGCCCAAGAACGAUUGGAGCAGACUUUGAACAAAGGCCCCGUCUUUGGUCGGCGGUUUGGGAGCACUAACAAAACAAACCCCUCUCUGGAUUGGAUUCUACUGCACAAAGAGAAUUCAGAGAGUUGAGAUUGAAAUUGAUUUUUAAAAUCCUACAGUUACUCUUGGAUUUGGUCUCUCGGGCACUUAGCAGUACGCUGAUGUACUGCGGCUACAUGGAACCAUCAAUGCAAACUACCUUUGAGUUCAGAGGGCUGUGUGUGUGGAAGCAGAGGAACAGAUACAUGUUGUAGAGGUCAACAUCAGUAAUCCAGCAGAGUAGGAAUCUGUAACGGGGAUAGAGCUAAUCUACGCUCUCGGUUUGUUUUCCUGUGACAGAGCCGAGUCAGGAAGGACAUUUAAGAACAUCUGAAUGGAACGCUAAAUUUCAGCGGCCAUUUUCCUACAUGAUAAUUAAUAUCCACAGCACAACCUAUCUCUUAACCUCGCCAGCUCUCUGGAGCCCGCGGACCUUGUUGUUGCUAAAUGAAGUCAAGGUUUUGAUUAGAGGUUGACAUUUCUCAUUAUUACAACAGUUCUCAUUAUUUCAAUCCCUUGUUUUUUCACUAUCAGUUAUGGCGAGAGGUUGUUUAACAUCCACCCCAGUUCCCAUUGGACUCAGUUCAGUGGUGGACACACACAGGGCUGCCAAGACGAAGGAACGUGUUGCUGGAUGGGAUAGAAAUCCACACCAUAAAGAGUCAGUACCCAUAGAAACUAUGUAAGGAAUUAUACGCCCCCUGACGGCCUCAGCACUUAAAGGGAUAGUUCAUCGACACAAAAAAGCUACUUAAUUACAGUAGCACGAGUAAAUAUUAUGAGUUACUUUCACCUCUGGUGCUGGAUACUGGCUGGAUGCUCCAAAUGCUAACUGUUAGCCUCCUGCCAUUGAGCUGGACUGACUUAAAGAUAACUGCUUUAAUUUACUCCAAGCAGGUUAAACAUCACUUUACAAAUGUCGCUUUCCAAAACUAAAAUGCACAUAUGACGACCAAGUGCACAUGGAUUAUAGUUUUGCUCAAAUUGGUGUUUGUAACUACACUUUCUGCAUCACUCCGCAUCAGAGGAGCACUACACAUUUAAGACAAAAAAAAAAAAUGCUGCUCAUCAAACUUUGUUUAUUUAACAGUGGAUUAAGGCUGUUAUUUUUAAAGAAGAAAGAAAGUAAGUCAGGGAAAAGCGCCCUCAGUGUUAACCAACAGUUAGCAUGUGGAGCAUCCAGCCAGUAUCCAGCACUCAGUAACACUUAGAGGAAGAGAGCAUCACCACUGUCCUACAGAGCAGCUGGGGGGAAGUGAAAUAAUAUCACAUAUUUUUCAAAAUAGGUGAAGUAUCCCUUUUAAAGCUGAUAUAAAAUUGCAAGACGAUCAAGACUCGACUGACAAAAACAUGGAGUAAGCACAGCGAGUCGAUGUAUGAUGUGCUUAUUCCACUGUUUUGUUUUUAAAGUCAGUUUAGUCUGAUCAGUCUUCAUUUAUGCAGUUCCAGUUGCAGUUCUGACUUUGUACAUGGUCGGGUCGGGUCGGGACAGUCGAGAGCAAAAUGGAAGGAAAAAGUCCACAAACUGCCGAGCUCUGGCUGGAGAACAGCCUCGUUUGCGUUCCCGCCGUCCUCUCAUACUGCGACUAGCUGGCGAGGUAACCUCUGUAUCUGUUCUAGUGGUUUUCUGUUUCAAUGUUUUUACGCUACACACUACAAUAAAGUGUUCCCUUGUUGAUAUACCCCUCCCCACAUGACAAUAAUGUAUCAAAUCUUUAAAUAUUAUCAUGGUAAGAGUAUACUUUAUGCAAAUAUAUGAGUAUGAUGAGUGUAUUGUAUGUAUCAGCAGUGAAAUAUUUUUAAAAUAAAAUUAUUUGUUUCUGUCA